AUGACCUCUGCUUCAACCCCUAUCGCACCCGAAACUAUAGCAUAUCGACAACAACUUGCUCUACAUGUCCUCCCCAAGUCACCAAAGCUAUCGAUACACCACGCAAAUCGCAUCCGAAAACUUCAUCCCUCACUCCCCGCUCUAACGCCGAUAUCAUGUUCAAAGUGUGAGAAUGUAUCCCUGCACGGAAGAGGCUCGAUCCGCGUGGCACGCCAGGCGAUAGUCAAGGCAUGCAAUGUAUGCGGAAGCGUCACCUCGGUUCCUCGCCCUGAGAGUCGGACGAGAGCAACAUUUCAGAGCGUCAGAGCUGCUCGUAGAACGUCAAAUUUUGGCCGAUGGGUUCCUCCGGCAGACAGCGCCGCCGGGAGUACGGAUUUAGGGCCCUUGAUGCCUGUGGAACCCUUGAAGGUGGAACCCCAACCCCAAGCGAUUAUUCAGCCCAAAAUCAGCCCGGGCACUCAGUCGACACCAAAGAGCACUACAAAUAAGAGGCAAAAGGCAAAAGGUGGAUUGCAGGGCAUGCUACAACGUAACCGCGAACGCGAAGCCCGUGAAGCUCAAAACAAAAAUGCUGGCUCAAAUAGUUUGAGUUCGUUCUUACAAGAUCUAUAA